UAUGAGCUUCCCCCACCCCCCAAUGGUUGUUAAAUGAAUCAUUGCAGUUGUUAACUGAAGCAUGCAUCCAUUAAGCAAAUCUUAAUCGACAUUGACUUUGCUUUUUGGGAAGACGGCUGGGAAGGUCGCAAAUGAUGAUCACGUGACUCUUGAGAUGCUGCAACCAUAUGAAUCCACGGUUGCCAAGCACCUGAAUUUUAAUCACGUGACCAGAGAGAAUUCUGCGAUAGUCGUAGUUUUGAGCAUUGGUUAAAAGUCAUUUUUUUCCAGUGCUGUUGCAAGAUCCAUUGGUUGCUAAAUGAAUCGUUAAGUCGAGGAUUACUUGUACCAGAAAGUCCAAAGGAGCCAUCUAAAGCUGCCUCCUUUGUUUCAAUCUCAAUGGCUGCGCCAAGUUUCUGACUGAUGAACCCAACCAACUCAUCACUCCAAGACGAUCAGACUUCUUCUCAAAGAACUGUUUUAUUGAGUCCAUCAUUUUGGCACACAUGAAAGCAAAACCAACUCUGUUUCCUGCGGUUUUAGUAUAAUUAAAGAAUAGAUGUCCUCCCUCCCUCCUCGUCACAGGUCACAUUAUCCAAUUAGGUGUUCUGGCAUCUCCCUGGCAACUCCUUCCUCCUCCUCCUGGCCAGCACUUGUUGAGAGGACCUUGGUUCCCACAGAACGAUCUGGUGUUAUUAUGUAGUCUGACAUUCCAAGCAUCCCCCAAUCCCACCCCAUACAGUAUGGCAAGCUAAGAAAUGAAAAGUUAGCUGUGGUAGCCUAGAUCCGUUUCAAAAUUGACAUGCCGUCUGCCUUGCAGGCCAUUUGACAAAAGGCGUUUGAGCCAACUAACAUGUCGACUUUUUGAAAUCUUUAUUUUCCUAGAUUUACCCCAGGGAUCUCCACAAGCGGUACGAAGAGAUAUCGGCCUGUCUGUAACACACAGGUUUUCGACAAAAUCCUGGCUCUCUCAGGUGUGCCAAGUGUGUCAGAAAAGCAUGAUGUUUGGAGUAAAAUGCAAACACUGCAGAUUAAAAUGCCACAAUAAAUGCACCAAAGAAGCCCCACCCUGUAGAAUAUCUUUCUUGCCUAUACCACGGUUAAGGAGAACAGAGAGUGUCCCUUCCGAUAUCAAUAAUCCGGUGGACCGGCCUUCAGAACCACAGUUUGGGACUCUACCAAAAGCCCAAGCUAAAAAGGAUCCCACAGCAAUCAAUCACCUCGACUCCAGUAGCAACCCCUCUUCUACCACCUCUUCCACACCGUCCUCUCCAGCCCCCUUCCAGUCUUCCAACCCCCCCAGCGCAACGCCACCCCCAAACCCAUCUCCCAUGGGCCAGCGGGACAGCCGGUUCAAUUUCCCAGACGUUGAGCACUUCCAAAAUAUUUUUAGCCUGAAACUUUGGUGCAUAGAACAGUGUUCAUACAGUAUGUUCCUGUCGGAUAUCUGUUCAUCAGACCUUCUGUUGUAA